AUGGCACAGCCGGAAUAUUCCUACAGGAGCUCCAAAGGACCUUGGGCGACACGAAGAGCCUAUGGGUCAUUCAAGAGCUCCAGCCCUCCAAACUGGGAUUCGCAAGGACGAUAUUCGCCAGUAGACCCGAUGGAUGACCUCAUGGCUUCCCCAAGCCUCUCAGACUACUCGAUGGGCGAGAGCACCGGGACCACCCCGCCGGGCAAGCACAAGACAUCCUCCAACGGCAAGCGCUCGCAGCGGAGACCUUCCAAUCGCGACGAGUUCGACGGCCCGCAUCAGUUUCUCCAGCGGCCCCCGCCAGAAUACAUCGCGAUGCAGGAGCGGGAACUGCCCCAUCUGCCCACCAACCUGCUCGUGCAGGAACAGGACAGCGUGCUUUCGCAGGUUAAUGACCGCCUGUCGCAGUGUGCGUACGACUUCGUCGCCAAGUAUCAGUUCCCAAUCCCCCUCACCCAGGACAUGCGGCCCGUUGAGCGCCCCCACGACCGUGAGUGGACAGAGUGGGUGUACCUGCUCAAGCGGCUAGCGACCAAGAGACGGAUCCCAGCGCGGGUCCUGUACAACGGCCAGAUCAAGCAGUUUGUCACGAUCCUCGAGAACAGCCUGGAAAUGAGGCACGCCGCCAAACACCAGAGCCGGCCCCUCAAGGACGACAGGAACAUCCUGCAGCUGAUCAGCGCCGGGAUCCAGGUUGCAAAGAUACUAAAGGAUGCCCAGGCCAUGGACUACCUGGACAGGCUGUACAUCUCCACCGAACAGCAGAUACAGGAGAGGGCCAAGGCUGCCGCCAUGAGAUUCAACCGGGUCUGA